GCCAGGCAGCAGCCAUGCGCUCUCUGCGGUUCAUAAGUGCGGAGGCUUUGGUGUCUGACACGCGGCGCGUCAGGAGGAGUCUCGGCAGUGUCGCACACAACCUUUUCCCUCUUCUUUUUAAGGCUGGUUACUUACAGGAGCAGGGGGAAGUGAUCCAUGAUCUGGUGGAAAACUGGCCACUGCCAGAACUGGAUGUUGGAAAACUGUUAGGCAAGACAGCCGAUCACCAGGAGGACAUCAGUAGCAGAGCCUGCUGCGUGUGUUUGGCCAGCUGUCUCACUGGUCUGAAAGACUAUGUGUUGAAUUGCUCCUCUCCUUAUGCAAAGCGACUCAAAACAGUGGACCUAACGGGCAUCAAAGAUGUGGAAGUCCAACUCUGCAAGUGUCAGAAGGCACUGGGGCGGUGGGCCAGGACGGAGCUGCUCUGCAAGAUCUGCUUUGAUCUGCUUAUUGAUAUUCAAAGGCUGCAGCCUGGGCCCAGCGCUUCCGAGAUCUCCGUCGAUGUCCUUAUCAACCUCUUUGUUACUGAAAGAAGCUAUGAAUUGGUUGUUCAAGCCUUGCUGAUGAGGUGCCACAGCCCACUGAAGAUCCACUGUGUGGCCUUUAGAGCAGACAACCUGGUCCCGCGGAAGCUCUUUUACAUCAUAAAGCUGGCGGAGCCCUCUUUGCUGCGCAGGUUUGAAGUGGUCCACAACGUUCGGUUGGAGAUGGAGCAUUUGGAAGUGCUGUUUAACAAUGUUCACUUUCCUCAGCUGACGUCACUUGCGCUCCCAGCGAGGACGUUUGAUGUGAGGAGAUUCACUCCGGAGGAUGAAGCCACCCUUGCAAGGACUGGAGAAAAGCUAAGCAAGAUGACCCAGCUGACCGAGCUGAGCCUGCCGUUUUCCACCCUCACAGGAAGGAUACGCAAACUGCUCAGCCCACUGAAAACCCCUCUGAAAGUGCUGGAUGUCUCUAACUGCUCCUUAAACCACGUUGACAUGGCAUAUUUAGCCAACAGCCUCCAUUCUAACCACCUGGAAGUUCUAGAUAUCAGUGGACACGAUGUGACUGACCUAUACCCAUCCACCUUCUUCAAACUUCUGAACCACUCCUCUCACACGCUGAAGAGCCUCACCCUUGAGGAGUGCAACAUUCAAGACAUCCAUGUGAAUAUGUUGAUUUUGGGGUUGGUCCCCUGCCGGAAACUAGAGGAGGUGAAGUUCCUUGGAAAUCCUCUGUCUUCUCGAGCACUAAAAUGCCUUUUCAAUAUUUUCAUUGACUUUCAGAGGCUGAAAUAUAUUGAAUUCCCAGUUCCAAGAGACUGUUACCCAAAUGACAUCAGUUACCCAAUUCAUGAAGCUGAUCUUUUAAAAUUUGAUCACCAGAAAUAUGAGAGAAUAGUAGAGGAACUUAACAUGAUUUUAUUGCGGGCAAAGCGUGAGGACAUAAAGGCUUCUACCCCACUCUUUGGAGGUUAUGAUGCAGCAGUACAAGAAACGGGGAAUGAACUCGGAUCCUUUUUGCUGAAGUCUUUCAGAGAAGCCCUAGAAAGCUUCAGUACGAUGCUUCAGGAAAUGACCUGAAGCUUAAAGCUGACUGUGGUGCUUUUCAAAUCCAUAAAUCAAAGUCAAGCAUUUAUUGGUUGCAAGUGUUUAGACAGCACAUUUAGGGUAGACUACCAGGAUGUUCUUCUGCACAGGUGCCAUCGAAAUAAAGGAGGACUGCCACCUCCUCUCCUUCUGCCUUUCAAGUAGAGUUUUCUAACCUAGAUAUUUGGCCCUUUCUCCCUGGGCCAAUUUCUCAGCAUAAAUUAAACCCAUCCCUAUAUCCUCAUGCAGCUGUUUUUUAACCCCCACCCCCAAGUAAAAAAAAUACAGGCUCCCUCUUCAAUCUUUUCCCAUCUGGCUUGUCUAAUAGUAGUUUGGAAAGUGAUUUAGUUUGUGGGAAUCUUGCUGUGAAGGGGGUGGAUGGGUGGGUUUAAACACCCUCUUUUCAUUGCUGUUGCCGAGAAGCUGUUUGGUGGGGUUCUAUGUUUCCUUCAAACAAAAUUAAAUGCGUUCGUAGUUUUGGUUACAGAUCUCCAGCAUUGCAUCAGGUUUGGUUUAUCUAAUUAUCAUCAUUUCUUAUAAAAUCAUCAGUUUAUAAUUUGAGAAGAAAAGCUGCAUACUUCCUUGGAAAGGCUUAAAAAGAUGAACUCUUUGCAGAAUAACUACAUCUUUUGGAACAUUAGAAGUCAUAGUCAUUUUGUUCCUUUUUCCCCCUCUGUGGUCCUUUCUAGAUUAUUAAAUUCGGUUUCAUUCUUGGCUCAACAGUUUAAUCCAGUACCAAUGGUGUUCUGUCCUCAGAUGUCGGGAUGCUACAGGGAAUGACUGCCUUUGAUGUCACUUUAAAAAAAUCAGAGGAAGUGUGUGCUCUAGAUCUGGACAAGGGGAGUGCAUGGAAUUAAAGAAAUUAAACUUAAUAGGUGGAGAGGAAAAGAUUUAACGAAAUAGUGGAGCACUGCUGAAGGAGAGGAGGAGAGAGACAAUUGCUGCUGGUUUUUUUUCACUUCUGAUUUUAUUUAUAUAUUUUAUUUGUCAGCAUUCCUACACUUGAGUGCUACAGGCAGGGCUUUUUUCUGGGAAAAGAGGUGGUGGAACUCAGUGGGUUGC